GGGUGGCUGUAGUGCUGUAUUGGUGUUUCCUCCACCCUCCAGAGGCAGCAUCUGUAGGGCUCUCGGAGCUCACAGCGCUUUUACAUGCACACUAGGCUACAGAGACACAACACCGGCUCUCAGCCUCGUCGGGAUUUUCUGCUGUUAGUCUACUUGGAUUCAUUCAGACGCGCUGCUCGGCGCUGCCAUGCCGGAAGCGGAGGGAUCGGGCCGGACUCCGCAGGGUGUCCCCUACAGCGAGCUCCCGCACAUCAUCAACGCUGACGGACUGCACCUGUUCUGCCGCUACUGGGAACCUGAAGGUCCGCCGAAGGCACUGGUGUUUGUGGUUCAUGGGGCUGGAGAACACUGCAGCGCGUAUGCCGACGUCGCUCACACACUGACCCAACACUCCCUGUUUGUGUUCGCCCAUGACCAUGUGGGCCAUGGGCAGAGCGAAGGGGAGAGGAUGAAUAUUAAAAACUUUCAGAUCUACAUCAGAGACUGUCUUCAGCACAUCGACCUGAUAAGAACGCGCUACCCCAACUUGCCCAUCUUCCUCCUUGGCCACUCGAUGGGUGGUGCCAUCUCUAUUUUGACUGCAUGUGAGAAGCCGCAGGAUUUCGCCGGUGUGGUUCUGAUAGCCCCCAUGAUCCAGAUGAACCCAGAAUCUGCAACACCCUUCAAGGUUUUCAUUGCUAAAGUCCUGAACCAUAUGGCUCCCAGCCUCGCUAUCGGCUCCAUCGAUCCCAAGUCGGUCUCACGGGACCCAAACCAGGUGCAGGCAUAUGAAUCAGAUGAGCUGGUUUAUCAUGGAGGGAUGCGUGUAUCAUUCGGAAUGCAGCUGAUGGCUGCUUCAAGCCGCAUCGAAACAGAGCUUCCUAACAUCUCCUGGCCUUUCCUGCUUCUGCAUGGAACUGCUGACAAGCUCUGCGAUAUCAGAGGAUCCCAUCUCAUGUACAACCAAGCUAAGAGCACAGACAAGAAAUUGAAGGUGUAUGACGGAGCCUACCAUGCCCUGCACCAUGAGUUGCCUGAGACGGCGGAGUCUGUCCUCCAAGAAGUGAUCACCUGGAUUAUUGAGCGUCUUCCCGCCCCCUCUGGGCCUUAACUGUCCAUCUUCCCAUUAACCACACCCCUUUGACUAGGCCCCACCACUCUGACUAUUUUCACCUCUCUUCUCUCUGUUUACAACAACUCCUCCUCCUGGGGUGCAUCCAAACACAAUUAUGUUCAUUAUUAACAAUCUACGAGAGGUCAAGGGUCACCAUUCUCUGACCUUUGGCAACAAGGUCAAAGCUUUUAUGUUAAGUCUAGAGUGUCAGGCUUGUCUUUUUUUCUCACUUCACACUUUCUAGCACCAUGGGGUGUGGCUCACAUGCUAUCAUGUCAGUCACCAGGAGUCCCAUAAUGAACACAGCUGCCCCCAACACCCAGCCUUUUCUUUGUGUGUUGCCACGGUAACAAAGCAGUUGCCCUUUGUCAUCCUUCAUCUUUUCUUUGAUGUUAGGUCCUCAGUCCUGGUUGAGCUGCUGCGCUGCAACUCUGAUGCCCCCGCUGGACAACAGUGGCACUGCAGACUUCAAUCAUCCCAGUUACCAGGGCAACACCAUAAAAUACUAGCAGGGAAAAAUAAAUAAAUUAUAAAACAGGGUGUCAUGGUAACCAAGUGAGAGAGGACAAGGGAUAAAGAGUGAUAGAGGAACGAUGUUAUCUGGAUGUUCAUUGAGAGGAAUGAAGCAGUGAGAGGAAAUCUAGCGCAUGGUAGCUGCAGGGGUACACCCUUGAGCCCUGAUCAGUCACAGAGAUUAAACCCACACACAAUGCUCAUGCAUACACACAAGCGGCAAACACA